AUGCGACAUAAUUUUGAGGAAGCCACUCGAAUCCCUAAAGUUUUUCGACCAGCCAUACAUCAAGGAUUCCAGACUGCUAUGGCGCUCAACGGCGUGUUGGAUGGUGAGAAGUCAAUAAUCGGUCACACUGAUAUCAAAGAUAUCGCUAGGGACGUUGUGAAGGAUACAGGACAAGCUUUGUAUUAG